CACAUCAGUUAGUGCCCAGUUUUUGCUUGAAAAACAGUUCUUUCUUUAAUUCAUCGUUUUUAAAAAUUUUUGCCACAAUUAUUUAAAAUGGCUUUUACGUUAUGUAAAAUUGUUAAAUGCGUAAACAAAAAUGCAUUGGUUACUCCAUUAUCAUCAGUUAUAUCUUCAAGAAAUUGCUCAGGAAAGUCUCGCGUAGAUGUUGCCAAACCUGUUGUUGAAAUGGAUGGUGAUGAAAUGACUAGAAUCAUCUGGCAAUUUAUUAAAGAAAAGCUCGUUUUUCCAUAUGUUAAAGUUGAAUGCUUGUAUUAUGAUUUGGGAUUACCUUUUAGAGACCAAACUGAUGAUCAAGUGACAAUUGAUGCUGCUUAUGCUGUUUUAAAGCAUAAUGUUGGUAUCAAGUGUGCAACAAUCACUCCGGAUGAGCAACGUGUCGAAGAAUUUAAAUUGAAAAAAAUGUGGCUAUCACCAAACGGAACAAUUAGAAACAUACUUGGAGGAACAGUUUUUCGCGAACCUAUUUUAUGCAAGAAUAUUCCUCGUUUAGUCCCAGGUUGGAUUAAUCCAAUUGUCAUUGGACGUCACGCUUUUGGUGAUCAAUACAGAGCUAAAGAUAUGGUAAUUUCGAAACCAGGUACAAUUUCAAUAGUUUUUAAGGGAGAUGAUGGCUCUGUUGAAGAAACUGAAGUUUACAAGUUCAAUGAUGGUGGAGUGAUGUUAGGAAUGUACAACACUGAUGAAUCAAUUACUGCCUUUGCUCACUCAUCGUUUCAAGUUGCUCUUCAAAAAGAAUGGCCACUAUAUAUGUCUACUAAAAACACUAUAUUGAAAAAAUAUGAUGGCCGCUUUAAAGAUAUUUUCCAGGAAAUCUUUGAAAAGCACUAUCAAAAACAAUUCGAUGAUAAAAAAAUAUGGUACGAGCACAGAUUAAUUGAUGACAUGGUUGCACAAUCUUUAAAAUCAUCAGGAAAAUUUGUUUGGGCCUGUAAAAAUUAUGAUGGCGAUGUUCAGUCUGACAUUGUAGCUCAAGGUUAUGGAUCAUUAGGUUUAAUGACAUCUGUUCUCAUGUGCCCGGAUGGAAAAACAAUAGAGUCUGAAGCAGCACAUGGAACUGUUACAAGACAUUUUAGACAACACCAACAAGGGAAACCAACAAGUACAAAUCCAAUUGCUUCAAUAUUUGCAUGGACAAGAGGUUUUGAGCAUAGAGCAAAACUUGACAACAAUCCGGAUUUGGCUAGAUUUGCCCAAUCGCUUGAAAAAGCAUGUGUUGAUACCGUCGAAUCAGGAAAAAUGACAAAGGAUUUAGCUGGAUGCAUUCAUGGAUUGUCGAACGUGAAAGAAGGAAUGUAUUUAAAUACAGAAGAUUUUCUUGAAGCUAUUGCUGAACAACUUAACAGAUCAUGGAAAAAAUAGAAAAUUCAUAGAAGAAUUUGAUUCUUGAUAAUAAUUUUAUUUUUUUGAAGAGACUUCUCUGACUAUUAACCUUUGUUGGCGUUUCUACAAAAAAAAACACUUGCAUUUAAAUGAAAAAUAAACAUAUUUUU